AUGGGACCUGUUAGAGGGAUGAAGAGGAAGAGAAAGCAGGAGAAGAAGGCGAGCAAGGAGGCCGCCGCGGCCGCCUACGCGGCGUCCCAAGGACAGGAGCCUUCUGAUUGGUGGGACGACUUCUCCAAGAGGAUUACAGGUUCUUUCUUGUUCUCGACCUUCUGCUUCUGGUUUACCGUUCGCCUCGACUUCUUCUCUGCUUAUUCGUUCUGCAACUAUCACUGAUGCGAUAAACUGGUCCAUGUCCCUGGUAGUGCUUCUCCUGUCGAGACGAUCCGUAAUCACGCGUUUCGAUGAUAUGUCUUCGUUCGAUCUGUUAGGGCCCUUACCUUUUACAAUGGAAUGCGUAUGUAUCCACAAAGAAAUUCCGUACUCCGCCAACGCGGAGUUUUGUGGUGAGUUGCCGUAGCUGUUCUUCCACCACCAAGAAUGAACACUUCCCGCCGGCAGUUUGUCUCGUCGACUAUGUCAGUUCUCCCCUCCAGGUAGCAACCACAGGCCUAACGCUUCACGGCGUAUUCUCUGAUGGGUAUUUCUGCCUGUAUGCCUGAUCCCGUCUAUGACGGUAGAUUUCCAAACCUUCAUCUGUUCCGAAAGUGGUUGCCGGUCAGGAUUAGGUAAUCCAGCAGAUCGCAGGUUCCGAUUUCCAGGCAUUAAGUUUGCCCAAAAUGUACGGGUGGUUUUCCCCUUUUUGUUUAGAUGUCGGGAUCCGAACAUCUUUAAGAGUCAUCUUGUUAUCUGCCCGAGGCCAGAAUAUUUUCUAAUUAUUGCUCUUCCUUGCGUUUUUAUCUUUUGUAUUGAACGCGCAAGUCUAUGCUGCAAUCAUUGAUACUAGUCUGUCAACUACCGAAAUUCUUUCGCUUCCCGUAUCUGAAGUGGUUCGAAGCUGUUGAUGUGCUAAUAUAGGAACAUGUAGUGAAAAAUGCGGAACCAUAAAUGAUCAAGGUUAUUGAGAUGUGCAUCAUCCUUAUUUACAGAACACAUUGAAUAACCAUUUCCUCUGGCAUAUGUUUUUGUCAUUUUUUAUCACCGAAUGGACAAGAUCAUGUUACAUCUGGUUGGCCUCUGAUGGUAAUGAAUUUUGUCAAGAUUAUGAACGGCUUGCAUGCUUUUUCCUAAAUUCCCUUUGCACGGCCUUAAGAUUGCCUCUAUAGCUCACCUUAAACGACAGAGCAAUACAUUAAUAUGAUCUGGUAAACUAAUUAUGUUGGUUCUGUGCCUUUGACCUUUUUUUCAGUGCUGUCCUUUUGGUCCCUAAGACAUUCAAUUCUAUUUUCGAGUCUUCUUUGGGUCUCAGAAAACUUCUUUCUUAAUUCGAUGCAAUAAAAUCUUCACAUCUGUGAAACUUAUUCAUAUUUUUUCAUUUUUUAUCAACAUUAUUCCCAACUGUUAUGAGCCAUACCCUAUCUUGACUUUGGAUGUCCGUUUGGACGGAGGAAUGAACGUCCUAAAUGCACAACAAGAUUUUCUCAAUUGGUCGAUCAAUCAUUUUUAUUGGUUAUUCUCUGAAGAUCUUGAUAGAAUAUCAAUGUGUUGUCUUUCACGAAACAUUUUGGUUGUUUACCUGCUGAGUAGCGGUCAACCGAUUUCUCCAGAUUGGUUCAGUACACAUUUCAAGACGAAUUCAGUCAACUGCAGUCACUGACCUUUUUUAAAAUAUCAAUCUUUGGGCACAUAAUUUGACAAUAAUAUUAAUCUGGACAUUUCUCGACCCAUAAUUUGAAUUUUCUGGUAUUUUUCUCACUUUGAUCGAUGAAUUUCUGUCUAUUAGCUUUUAAAUGAAGAAAAGUGGGAAUGCAAAUACUGUUGUUUCAGUAGUUGUAUUAUUUAUUUAAAUUAUGUUAUUUUUAAGGACGUCAUCUUUUGAACAAUUUGCUAAAGCUAAUUAAAAAUUUAAAAUUUUUAUUUUCCGGUGAAAAAGCCCAACUUCUGUCAUACAUAAUUUUUUUCUUUUCCCUUUUGUGGUGGAAAGUCUGUUAGAUGAAGCAUGAAUGCAUCCCUCCUUAUGUGGAGUUUAAGGUAUUAUUUCAAUUUGUACGUCUGUAUAAAAUACUAGAGGCAUGUAUUCAUCAGUCUAUUUGCAGUAUCAAAGAUGCUAAUUUUGUGCACGUUUGAUCAGUAGAGAACAACUUCACAGGGGAGCAUGGAAAAUAGUUGAGAAACGGAUUUUUACAUUGACUAAUCAAAUCUAAUUUUAGGUUAUUCACAAAACAUGUGACAGAUGGCGUUAUAGACACUUUUUUAACUCAUUAAAUGAUUUAUGUGGAGAGAAGAUCAUAUGUCAAGUGAUGUGUAGACACUAAAAAGUAUAUUCACUUUAAGAAAGGGACCUAAUAUGGAUAAUAUUAUUUAUGUAAUAAUCCCCUUUUUUCGUGACUUUGUCUCCCUCUCUGUAAUCUCUGUAUUUCAUCUUUGCUCCUGUGACUCUUUCAUUUUUAUCUUUUUUUCCUUCAAUUAGAUGAUUGAUUUCUACGAUUAUUAGUUAAAUCAUUGCUAUAAAUCUUAAGAUUAUAUUUUUCUUUUAUCUUAGCAUUUUUCCAUAGCAUAUCCUUUCCUAUUCUUAUGUACAUGAGAAGCCAUUCUAUCCUAAAACUUGUAGAGUGUAUUUUAUUUCUUAAAACCUUUCAGAUAUCUAAAUAUACUGUGUCUAUGAGUAGCAUUUAGAUCGGCCUCUUACAUGUUAACUUGCUGACAAGGCCACCUGGAUCUGCUGCAGAUGAACUUUCUCCUAGUCCGCAAUUUUGCAAAAAAAGUUGAUUUGCGGAGCUUCAGAUUUUCUUUCCCAUUUGAGUUUCCCAAGUACAAUUCAAGCUCGUUACGCUUGUUUACUAUAGGAGGAACCCAAUGAAUGAUUUAUUUUUUUUGUCCACUUUUUAUCAGAUAGUAUUCAAAUACAGAUGAUUGCAUAGACAGGAAGCAUGCCUGUCUGUGUGUAAUAUCAUAAUUCGUAGUUUUCCCUCCUCUUGGACGGUUGUUUUGCCAUAAUUCAUGUUGAAUUUCAUGAACUUAUGAUUUCCGAAAUGCUAAUGCAUGAAAUAACUUUUUAUCUAUAACGGAGUCUAAUGAUCUUGCAUGCAGAGUCAUUAUAACUCAUCUGUGUUACUAGAAUUACAUGACAGUGUAAAAUUUAUUGCGGUACUUUCAGUCCCAGUAAUUGAAGUUUUUUUUUUGCAAUAUCACAUACAUUAUGUUGUUUUUCAAAAAAAAAAAUUAUAAUCUGGAUUAUGCCUCCAAUUUGCAUGUCCUCAGUGCAUAUCCCAGUGUUGAGGGUUGUGCAUGUAAAUAUAAAUAAGUUGGCUUUAUACGUCUGCAAUGUUUGUACUGGGGAAUCGAUGUGUCACCACUGUCAUUUUAUUUUAAGGGAACGAACUUUGGAGUUUCGCCUAAAAUCAAAACUCGGAGGCUGCAGAAUGUUCACCCAUUUCUGUUCCUUUCCGACUCCUUUUAUACUUCUAACGCUGAUGGUUAGGGGGGCUGCUAUUGUCCACUGUUCAACGUUUUGUUGCAAUAUUUCAAACGAUUUCUCCUUAACCAACUAGAUUAUACGAUGUUUACUUUCAUGAAUCAAAGAUAUCUUUAAACAUAUACAAGACAACUGUUCUUUAAUCUCCUUUCGCCUGUUUCAUCAUUUUUCAGGAUUAAAGUUUUAAACCCCACAAUUAUAGCAUGAUCAAGUUUCGCCCAUGUUUUUCAUAAAGGUUCAAAUGCUAGUGAGAAAAGUGUACUUCCAUGGAAACUCCUGUAAAACAGUCAAUGUCUGACCGUUUUGCAGCCAUCAAUCGCCAUUUUUAGUUUUGUUUUCAUGUGGUUCACAUUGUAUGAUGGUCAAUACCGGUCAUUUAAUGUUUGAAUGACUACUACUUCUCAUCUUAUCAUAUUUUUCUUUGCACUCGUUGAGAUUAUAACUGGAAAUUAGAUCUGUUUCAACUAUUAAAUAUCAUAGUUGGAUAGCACUGCCAAAAUCAGUGUACUACUCUGAUCAAACUUAGCAACUUUUUAUGCAAAAUUGUCGCUUGCAAUGGAAGUUCUAACAACAACUGGAUUUCCUUUGGUGCAUGUCCAUGAGAUCGAAUUCUUUAAAGGUCAACGGACACCGGUGUCAGUGGGUAGACUUUUAUCACUACAUGUUAUCAUACGGACUAGGUUGACAUGUAUGGGAGGAUAACAUCUAGACCGCCUUUCAUGCGAGAAGAACCAAAGAUAACAUCUUAGCUACCAGUGCGAGUCUAUACACUAUGCCGGCUCAAGGCUAAUGAUUCUCAUCCCACCGGGGUCCUCGGUAUACCAUGUGAUGAAUGAACCAGCCAUAACCCCUGCUGACGGGGGUGGAUGAGACAGACUCUUGAACGGGGAUGCUCCCAUGACCUUAUGGAAAACCACCGAGUGUGGAUAAUGCUUGGGGAUCUCCUGAUCUCUUUUUUGUUUUCAAGAAAUCUUACUUAAUGUUGACUUUUUUUAUCAUUCACCCAGACAUUUCAACCCAGUUACUCUGUCACAUCUAUGUGUUCAAUCAGCAUGUGCAAAUGAUGUUUUGUCAUCCACUAGGAUUUUGGAAACAUGAUAUCAGAUUUAAUGAAAGUUGAUAUGAUUUGGCGUUGACUUUAGAUUACACUGAACAUGAUCCAUGUCCCAACCCCCCAUUGUGCCCCAGGUCAAUGAAUCCGAGUCAUCUCCUUUUCCAACGCAAUGAUCAUGUCCAGAUAUUUUAUCAAUAAUGAUCACGUCGGAUGGUUUUAAAUCUCCUGGAUUUACUUAUUUUUAGACUUUAUUUAUCCUUAAAUCUUCGGCCAUUUUUUCACAGCUGCAUUAUCUUUCUCCCUUUAUUCAACUUUACUGGUGAACCCACCACCACAUUGGCAAGUGAAACCGAGCCAUGAACGGGGAUGGCUCAGUUUUCACGUUGACCCCUGCAGCAUGGAGGAAACAUGUUGAGCAGAGUCAAUGAUUCUGUGGAAGCAUGUGGACUCCCAGUGCACUAUCCCAUAUCUAAUCCAUUCGAUAGCAUCUUCUUACAGGGGUCAACGCUACCGUUUCAGUCAAUUUCUCUGCUGAUAUCAUCACUUGAUACAUGUCUGAAGAAUGCUGGGUUUUUUUUUUCUGUGAUUCUUGGAAAAUGAUUGAUCUUUCCCCAUGAACGCCGGCUGAUUUUCAGGCCCCUUGUCAACGUCCAAAGGAUUGGACGACUUCGAAUCGGUCUUCAAGAUGUCCAGGAAGACCUUCAACUACAUCUGCUCCCUGGUCAAGGAGGACCUGAUGGGAAGACCUUCGAGCUUCACCUGCUUGAAUGGCAGAGUCCUCUCGGCGAACGAUCAGGUCGCUGUGGCCCUGAGGAGGCUGAGUUCAGGAGAAUCUCUCCUGACGGUGGGGCAGUCCUUCGGCGUGAACCAGUCGACGGUCUCCCAGGUGACCUGGAGAUUCGUGGAGGCCAUGGAAGAAAGAGGCAUCCACCACCUGCGGUGGCCCAGUGGGAAGGAGAUGGAGGCCAUCAAGGCCAAGUUCGAAGACAUCCGGGGGCUCCCAAACUGCUGCGGCGCCAUCGACGCCACCCACAUCGUCAUGUGCCUGCCCUCGGUAGAUCCCUCCAACUCCGUAUGGAUCGAUCCGGAGAAGAAGCACAGCAUGGUGUUGCAGGCGAUCGUGGACCCCGAGAUGCGGUUCAGGGACAUCGUCACCGGCUGGCCGGGGAGCAUGAGCGACGCCAUAGUCCUCCAGAGCUCCGGCUUCUUCCAGCUCUGCGAGACCGGCGCGCGUCUGAAUGGGGCCAAGACGGAGCUACCGGAAGGAUCGGAGGUGAGGGAGUACCUCGUCGGCGACGCCGGCUACCCGCUCCUCCCGUGGCUGCUCACCCCCUUCCGAGGGAGGGACCUGCCGGACGCCGCCGCCGAGUUCAACAAGCGCCACCAGGCCACGCGGCUGGUCUCGCAGCGGGCGCUAGCGAGGUUGAAGGAGAUGUGGAGGAUCUUCCAGGGGGAGAUGUGGCGCCCCGACAAGCACCGCCUCCCGCGGAUCAUCCUCGUCUGCUGCAUCCUCCACAACAUCGUCAUCGACCUCGAGGACCCCGCAAGAGAUCGCCUCCCCCUCUCCGCCCACCACGACUCAGGCUACCGCCAGCAGCACUGCAACUUCUCCGACAAGGCCGCCCGCUCCGCCAGGGAGAAGCUCUCCCAGUACCUCUCCGGUGGCCUCCCUCCCUGA